CGGGCGGGGACCGGGCGGGUGAGCCCGGCUCGCGGGGCAGCCGCCCCCGCCGCGGGGCCGGGGACGGACCGGGACGGCCGAUCCCCGGGGACACCGCGGGGCGGGCGGGGGGGACGCGGCCCGUCGGGGCUGCGGGGAGGCGGCCCCCUCGCUCGGGGGCCCGGGCAGGCGGUGCCGGGCUCUGCCGGCCGCCUCCCGGUGAGCGGGUCGUGCCCCGCAGGUAACGGGGCAGGGCGGGUUCCGGCCGUUGGAAUGUGCUCGGACCGGUCUGGCCGCCGCGGGGCCCCGCCGCUCCCCCCGCGCUGCGGACGUGGCUCCGGGCUGUGGGCCAGCAGCGGCUCCGCUGCAGAGCCCCGCUUGUCCCGGGCAGGGUCUGUCGCCCUGCCGGGGCACAACGGCCGCUGCGGCGCCGCGGGGUCCACGCGGGGCCGGGACCCCCUUCUCCUGCCAAACCGCCCUGAGGAUGUCGGACGGGAUCAUGAGCAAAGCCGCCACCAUGGAGAUCCCCAUCAGCAGCAACGGGGACACGGGCAGCCUGCCGGAGGACGACGGCUUGGAGCAGGACCUGCAGCAGGUGAUGGUGUCGGGGCCCAACCUCAACGAGACCAGCAUCGUCUCUGGCGGCUACGGGGGCACGGCUGAAGGCAUCAUCCCCACCAGCACCAUCAAAGCCCCUCCAUUUCCAGGCUGUCUUGUCCAACCUCACCCACCCCGAGGACCAUCCGUCUCCCCCAGCGCAUCUGCCGCCAGCAGGAUGGCCAACCAGGCUGGUGCUUCAGCAGGUACUGCGCCCGCCCGGCCCCUAGAUGGGGCUCCACGGCCCCCCCCAGCCCGGGCUGGGCCCCUCGCCCCUCGCUUGGGGCGCCUGGUUAGCACUGGGGUCCCUCGGGGCACCUCCAUGGAGACGUGGCUGCAGCCGGACACAGCCACCGCUGUGGGGGGCGGCGAGCCCGCUGCCGCCGGAGGAAGAGCUGCCGGCACUCGCCUGCCCCAGCGGCUGCAACGGGGUCUCGGUCCCGGUGCUGGGGGGAGAGGACGGUGCUGCCGGGGUCCCGGGUGGCUCAGGGGUGAGACCCGGGCGGUGCCCGGCUGCGGGACAUCACUCCCGCAGCCAGGAGCCCACGCCUGUGCUCCCCCGGGCGCUGCCGUCGCCUUCUCUGUCCCACUCAGCGAGGAGGCCGCUGAGGGCGGCGAGGAGCGCGGUGCAGCACCGGAGGUGCCGGGGCCCCGUCGGUGGGAGCGGGACUGGCGGCGAGACAGCCACGGGGCCAGGCUGGGCUCGGUGCCUUCUGCGGGGUUGCCUGCCAGCACUGCCAGGGCCUUGCGUGGGACCCUCUGGAAGGGCUCGCAGGAGAGGGUUCCCUGCACGGGCGCCGGGUCGGGACACCGGUUAGCCGGCACGCAGCACCGCGAGACCUCCUGGAGCCCGGAACGCCGCCAGCUCGUCCCCUCGCUGCAGCGGGGCAGAGCCGCGAGGUGCCCGGCGCUGAGCGGGUGCGGCGGCAGCUUCCCGGGCAGGGCAGAGCCGGGUGCUGCCCAGACUGCGCGUCUGUUGUGCCUGGGCUUUGCGGAGCCGCAACGCGGCCCUGCGGGGGUCCUGCGCCCCUGGCAGGGCCCCGAGCCCUCCUGCGAAGGCUCCGGGCUGCACCAGCCCCACGCCGGCCCGGCCGUCGGAGGAGAAGAAGUCGUCCGUGGCAUCGCCGUGGAGAAGUUUGAUAUUGUCAAGAAGUGGGGCAUCAACACAUACAAGUGCACCAAGCAGCUGAUCUCGGAGCGGUUCGGCCGGGGCUCCCGCACCGUGGACCUGGAGCUGGAGACGCAGAUUGAGCUGCUGCGGGAGACGAAGCGCAAGUACGAGUGCGUGCUGCAGCUGGCGCGGGCCCUCACCAACCACUUCUACAGCCUGGUGCAGACGCAGCACGCCCUGGGGGACGCCUUCGCCGACCUCAGCCAGAAGUCCCCCGAGCUGCAGGAGGAGUUCGGUUACAACGCGGAAACGCAGAAGCUGCUCUGCAAGAACGGAGAGACGCUCCUGGGCGCCGUCAACUUCUUUGUCUCCAGCAUCAACACGCUGGUGAACAAGACCAUGGAGGACACGCUCAUGACGGUCAAACAGUACGAGACGGCCAGGCUGGAGUACGACGCGUACCGCACGGACCUGGAGGAGCUGAGCAUGGGCCCCCGCGACGCCAGCACCCUGUGCCGGCUGGACGCCGCCCAGAGCCAGUUCCAGAGCCACAAGGACAAGUACGAGAAGCUGCGGGCAGAUGUGGCCAUCAAGCUCAAGUUCUUGGAGGAGAACAAGAUCAAGGUGAUGCACAAGCAGCUGCUGCUCUUCCACAACGCCAUCUCCGCCUACUUCGCCGGGAACCAGCAGCAGCUGGAGCAGACCCUCAAGCAGUUCAACAUCAAGCUGAAGACCCCCGGUGCUGAGAAGCCCUCCUGGCUGGAGGAGCAGUGAGCCCCCCCCCCCGCCCCCCCAACCCCCGCCGCCCCCGCCAGCUCCGGCGGGGGUGCACCACGGACCUCAAUUCUGACCCGGGGCUGCGCUGGCGGGGGCGGGGGGGGGGAAGCGGGCGGCUGCGAGCGCGGCCCUGGUCCCGCUCUGGGGCUCCGCGUCCCGCUUCGGGGCAGGCACAGACCCCCCCCGGCGUCCCCCCCGCCCCCCUCGCUGGGCCGCGCGCCCCAGCCCCCGCCGCACACUUUGGGGUGGGGGGGGGGGACACUCCGCAGCUCUCCCUCUGCCUCCCGGGGGGGCAGGACCGGAGCAUGCCCCCCCCGUGUGCGUUUCCAAAUGAAGACGAAGCUCUGGGUGGGGGGGGGGGACAGCCGGGUCCCCUCCCUGUCCCUGGGGGGCUGCGGGCUCCCUGGGGGGCUGCGGCUGGCAGCCGGGGCUCCCGCCUUCUCUGCCGGCUUUGGGGCUGUUCCGACCCCCCCCGGGGCUGACCCGGGUGUUCCCAGGCUCUUGUGCGGCCCCCCCCCCUCCCCCCCCCCAGCUCACACUACACUCCCGUGCGCAGGGUGGCCUGUGCCCGCUCUCGGGGGGCCACCGCCUGCCCCUCCUGGCCCGCUCUGUGGCGGGGUGGCCGGGGGGGUGGUGGGGGGGUGCUGGCCAGGUCGUCGUCCCCCCCCCCCGGCACCGGGACCCGGCCCAGGGACCAAACGGCGGCCGCGUCCCCCCGCGGUGCAUGUCGGCGCUGGUGGGGGGGGCCGCGGGGCAGGGGCUCUGUCCUGCCCCAGCCGUCGUUGCCCCCCCGCCCCCCCGCGGCCGCACGCAGCACUUGGGCACUUUCUCCUGAGACAAAAGGGUUUGUUUUUUCUUGCUAAUUUAAUCCCUGGUAAUUUAAUGUCUGGAUCUGACAAAACCCCUCCCCCCCCCCCCUUUCCUGGUGAAGGUCUGAC